AUGGCAGACGACAGAGAAUGGCUCGUACUGAUUCAGGACCAGCCUGACAAAUUCGAAGCGCGCCGCGAUACUCUUCCUAGACACAUUGAAUACUACAAACCCAUCCGCGCCGCCGACCAGCUGAUUUUCGCUGGUCCCAUGCUGCAAAACCAUACCGUCACAAACAACGCACUGCCUAUGAAUGGUAGUGUUCUCGUUUUGCGUCUGGCAGACGAGGAACAGGUUUGGGGCAAGCUGCGCGCCGACCCGUUCUGCAAGGAAGGAAUCUGGGAUAUGGACAAGAUUACCAUUACGCCGUUCAAGUCUACUGUCCGCACACCAUUUUAG